CCCUAACCAUUAAUGAUAGCAGCCAUGGAAGAAUACUGUCUCAAACUCAAUUGAUAUCCCAUGGUAAAAAUAUCUUGAUUGAAAUAAUCAACUGAAUUAACGGUUCUGAUUUUGUGGAAAGAAUAGAAACCAAGGGACGAGAGAGUCGGUCUAUUCUUCCAAAACCCACCACUUCAUUCUCGUCUCUUAACAAAGUUAAAUAAACUUUUUUUUUGGUGCUUUUUUCCACCACCUCUUUUUUAUUUUCAUUUUCCCCUCUUUUUUCUUAUCAAAUUAAUAAAAACAAUCAAAUUAGUAAAUUACUAUCCAAAUCCACCUUUAGUUUAGAUCCUUCAAUUAAUUUCCCAUAUUCAUAAUCUGAUUUUUAUUUUGAUUGAAAAACAAAUUAUUUUCCCAUCAAAGAAUCAACUUUUUUGUUUUUUGAUUAUGGCAACAAGAAAUCCUUUAUACACAAGCCCUAAAAUUUGCAAGCAUCUAGCUGAUUACAAGCUAAGCCAUGGUUUAAGUGGCUAUAAAGCUCUUCAAACAUGUCUUAAAUCCACUCCAAAUGGAAGAACAAGUGUUUGUAAGUAUGAAACUAAGCUACCCAACUGCAGUUUUUGUAAUGGGUAUAAUAAAGAUAGAUUCUUUAUGUGUUUAAUCUGCUCUUCAAUCUCAUGUUCAAUCCAUACCCAUUUGCAUGCUCGAUCAGAAACUAGUCAUGACAUAGCUGUUGACAUUGAAAGAUCAGAGCUUUAUUGCUGUUUGUGCAGUGAUCAUGUCUAUGAUCCUGAUUUUGAUAAGGUUGUUGUGUGUAAGAAUAUGAUGGAUAUGCCUAAUAAUGCUGAUGGGGAUGAUGGGGUGAGGAGUUUGUGUAAGAAGAGGAAGUUGAAUUCGUUGAUGAAUCUUGAUUUGAAUAAGAGUACGCAGUUGGUUUCGAUGCGGGAUCGGAGGGAAAAGUCUUGUUUUCCUUUGGGGUUGAGGGGGUUGAACAAUUUGGGGAGUACUUGUUUCUUGAAUUCUGUGUUGCAAGCUUUGGUUCAUGCUCCUCCUUUUAGGAAUUACUUUUUGAGUGAUCGGCAUGAUCGCGAAACUUGUCGGAAAAGAUCAGCAGAUCUGUUGUGUUUAGCUUGUAAUAUUGAUGUUAUCCUUUCUGCUGUGUAUUCCGGGGAUCGGACGCCUUACAGCCCUGCUCAAUUUCUUUACAGUUGGUGGCAGCAUUCAGCAAAUCUAGCUAGUUACGAGCAGCAGGAUGCUCAUGAAUUCUUCAUUUCACUGUUAGAUGGGAUCCAUGAGAAUGAAGGAAAUGGAAGAAUCCCAAAUAAAGAUCAUGGAGAUUGCCAAUGUAGUGCUCAUAGGGUUUUCUCUGGGAUGUUGAGGUCAGAUGUUACUUGCAUGACAUGCGGAUUUACUUCCUCGACGUAUGACCCUUGUGUUGACAUUUCACUCAACAUGGAAACAAGUGCAUUUCCUACCGAUGUGGCUAACCGUUCUUUCAGACCAAACGAGAACAAUAGGAAAUGUACUCUUUCCGCCUGUUUGGAUUUGUUUACCAGGCCAGAAAAAUUGGGAUCAGAUCAAAAACUUUACUGCCAAAACUGUCAAGAAAAACGCGAAUCGUUUAAGCAAAUGUCGAUUAAAAGGCUGCCGUUGGUGUUAUCUUUACACAUCAAACGAUUUGAGCAUUCUCUUGUCAGAAAAUUGUCAAGAAAGAUUGAUUGGCAUUUGCAAUUUCCAUUUUCCUUAGAUAUGACCUCAUAUUUAUCGUCCUCGGUUCUAAGAACGAGGUUUGGGAACAGAAUUUUUUCGUUUGACAGUGAGGAAGCCGAUAGCUCUACGGAAUUUGAAAUUUUUGCUGUGAUCACUCAUUCAGGGAUGCUAGAAUCAGGACACUACGUGACUUAUCUCCGCUUAAGAAACCAGUGGUACAAAUGUGAUGAUGCAUGGAUUACUGAGGUUGAUGAAACAGUUGUGAGAGAUUCACAGUGCUAUAUGAUAUUUUAUGUGCAGAAAAUACUUUACUACAAAGCGAAUGAGGAAGUGAGCUGUGCAUCAAUGUCCCAAAGGAGGGAUCCGUUUCUUCCGAUUGCUGGUUGUUGUUAAUGAGACUGCAUCUAUGAUCAGAAACUGCAAUUACUACCUGCAAGUUCAGCUCUAAGACAAGAGAAACAAAAGUUUUUGCUUGCAGAAUCAAAUCACUCGGCCAAGAGGAAAGGCGCUCGAGUGGUGGGAGUAAUGACGGAGUUAGGGUUCAUGAAGAGUGCUGGUUUGAGAUGAAACUCCAGUUAAACAGUUUUUUCAAAUGAUAUAUGUGCUGGGUAUAUGCCAAUCUGCUCUGAGAAAAAUUGCCCAUAAGAAGCAUUUUAUCUGCAUGAGAGUGAGUUCUAGCUUUCCCUGUGCAUGGUUUUUGUUUUGCUGGGAAUUCUUUGACUGCAGCUCAGUCGUGUAUUUAAUAAUAUUAUUUGAAAUAUUGUGGGACUGAUGAUUCUAUAAUUUCUUUUAAUUA